AUGCGGAACAAGCCGUGGCCAUUUUACAUCGAUUGGGUAGACAUUUUUGGAAAGGAUCACGCAACUGGUGAUGGUGCAGAAGGUUUGCAGAUGCGGUCAAAGAAGUCCUUAUUAAUACGGGUGACGAUGCCCCCGCAUAAUUCAAGGCAUGGCAGGAUUGUUUGUAGCUUUGAAGCGACUGAGAAUGAAAUGGAGUCUUCUUUGCCACCGGGUGUUGAGAGUAGUGCCUCUAGAAAGGGUAAACGUGUUGGCAAGCAUAAACGGUUUUUAGAUACGGAGGACCAAGUUGUAGGGUUGUUAUCCACAUUGUGCGAAAAUGCUGACAAACGAUUUUCUCAAAUGUUAGAAAGGAUUGGGUUCCAGCACGAUGCAAAGGAGCAACACAAGGUUUUGUACGAGGCCUUGAACUGUAUGCCGGCAUUGAGUACCGAAGAACUUGAUGGUGACGAAAAAACAGAUAUCGAAUCCUUCUUCCGUCAUGUGGGGUUUCCAUUGUACGACGACUGUGUCAAUCUGUGGGAUUUGAGAAGGGCGGCUGAUGUGUACAUGCAUGGAUGGUCCGACGCAAGAAUGGAUGGCCGAUCAUGUUUGAUGACACUGAUGAAAGCGAUGGAGCUGAUGAUGACACUUAUUGGGUGGCUGAUAUGGACAUGCAGGGAGGGCCCGGUGCAAGAAUGGAUGAUCCGAUCAUGUAUGAUGAUACUGAUGAAAACGAUGGAGCUGGCGAUGACCCCUACGGGGCAGACGGGGCGGAGGACAUCUAUGGAGUUGCACUUUGAUGUGCAUGCACGCCUUGAUGAGGCUCCAGGAGGAGAUCACCCAGGAGCCGAGGAAGAUGAUGAUGAAGUCAUCGAGGUCCCUGCCCCAGUAGAGGUCAUUGACAUAGAAUCCAGCGAUGAGCCCGAUGAUAUGGAGAUGGAGUCGGAUGAGUCUUGCUUAGACUCAAACAAUACAGAAGUCGAACUUAUGUUUUUACUAUAUUAUGGUGUGUGUAGUAGUGCUAUUAGGCAGUUGACAUCCUUCAGUGCUUUAUGCGUGUGUGUUGGUAUUAUGAUUUACAAACUAGAACAUGUUUUGGGUAUCUUCAUGAUCGUUUUGGGUUAUGUUCGACAUAUCAUAUGGGGCAUAAUUUUGUUGUUGUAA